AUGCCUCUCAUUGUCAUCUACAAUCCUGUCUGCGGGGAUAGAACUGCCAAGCAAUUUUUUGAUGACCACGUUCUACCAUUGCUCGCAAGCAAAGGUCAGAUUGUAGAUAAGGUCUUCCAAACAGAACGCCCAGGUCAUGCCGGAGAAAUUCUGCACGACUAUCUAAAGGAUAAUCAUGGCGAUCUUACCAUAGUUCUGGGCUCUGGUGACGGGACUCUCCACGAAAUAUCCAACUUUCUGUCCUCGACCAAAGUCGAGGCUAAAGAGUACUUGCCAUUUCACCUUUCCAUCGUCCUUGUUCCUUGUGGAACCGCCAAUGCCCUCUAUUCAUCUCUUUUCCCACCCACUACCGAUACUCUUGACAUAGCUUACAAAUUGAAGGGCCUCGAAUCUUUUAUCUCUGGCCCCAAUACCAUACCCCUUACCAUCGCAAUCACGACAAUAUCGUCUCCACCCACCAGCACAAAGCAGCCAGAAGGCAAGUUCAAAUCCUGCAGCGCCCAUUUUUCUCAUAUUCUGACAGUGACUUUAUCCGCGGUCGUUGUAUCCACAUCACUUCACGCGUCAAUCUUGCAUGAUUCUGAGGCUUUGCGCAAAGAGCACCCUGGUAUCGAGAGAUUCAAGAUCGCUGCUGCAAAUAAUGCGAAGAAAUGGUAUUACAGCCAUGUUAAGCUGUUACCUACCUCAACGGGGCUCGUGCAACUGUUCGAACCAUCUUCAAAUACAUUUAUCGAUCACCCAGAAUCUGUGACUCACGAUCCGAUCGUGGACUUGUACGGCCCGUUUGCUUAUUUCCUCUCUACAGUCAAUGUCGACCGCCUUGAACCUGCAUUUCGAAUUACGCCUUUGGCUCGGGAAUUGCCAUCCAAAGGCCCAUCUUGUGACAUUGUAAUUAUCCGUCCAUUCCGUGGAGGUACUAUGAUGGAUACUUCAGAGGCUAGAGAGGCCUUUAUUCCAACUCUGUUCAGUGUUUUGGGAGGAGUAUAUCAGAAUGGUGCGCAUGUCAGUCUUCGGUACCACAAAGGUGGAACAAUUAGCGCCGAAGGAGACGGUUCUCUCGUCGUAGAAUAUAUACGGUGCGGUGGCUGGGAAUGGAUCCCGGAUGAUAUUGAUGAAGGAGCACACUUACUCUGCUCCGAUGGCGAAAUAUCGAUCAUUCCUAAGGGAGGGCGAGCAGUCUGCACGGCUACAAUACCAACUGAUGGUGCUGGUUUCAUGGUAUACUCGUGA